AUGGUUGCAAAAGAGCUCGAGCUUUCGCCUUCUGAGCUCACCUUUCUGGAAACUUUCAAGGAAGGUGAGAGCUCGCUGAUCUACAAAGUCGCCGUGCACGGAAUGGACUGUGUUAUGAAAGUGUUCCAUGAGUAUACUAGGAAGGAGUGGGAUAACCCAGAUAUCGAAAUCAGCAUGUGCAUGCGCGAGGUGACAGCCUACGAACGCCUAAAAGCGAAGGGACUCUGCGCGCGAGGGGUUAUCCCUGUUUACUACGGCUACAUGACGUUUACGGACCUGGCAAUCUGGCCUGAGCUGCACAUGUUCACUGACGACGAGCUGCCCCCAAAGGCGAUUCUGAUCGAGUACGUCCCCGGCAUGAAACAACUUGAACUCAGCAACUACACCCAGUCAAGGGUGAAGACGUUGCGGAACGUUCUGUCCGAGAUCAACGCAGCAAAGGUAUUGCACAGUGAUAUUGCCCCGAGGAAUAUGAUGGUCUGCUCUGGAGAGACGGAACGAGUGCUUUGGAUUGACUUCGAUCUGUCGGUCGUAUUUCCCGAGGACGAGCCUUUGACAGAAGAGCAUCAAGAGUGGUUUGAGGAUGAGGCUGCCUUAAUGGACGAGUUUGUGAACUGGCUGUCCCAGGACGCAGUGGAAGGAAAACUUCACAAGGCUUUUCGUUGCUAUUAUUACGGGAGUUACACUUACUAGAAGCGAGUCAAGAUGGGACUAGACCCCUAGCAAAAGUCAGACUAGCCUGGUCCUAACGUAGUCAAUGCAGACACUGAAGGCAACGAAGACAUCGAAGACAUUGAAGACAUGAGAGACAUCGGAACCAUCGAUGACGACCAAAUCCCGCGACCACGGAUCGAAUUUUAGGGGACUAGUAUGUGGACUCAUGCUCAGUGAUC